AUGCCUUUUCAGCGUGAACAAUUUAUCGGUGAAUUUGUGUUAUUGGUUUGUGGAAUGAUCGUUGGAUUUCAUAUUACGCUGUUUAUCAGACAAAAUCAAUGCCACUUGAUUUAUUCAAGGCUGAACAUACGACCAAAAACACUAGCAGGAGAACUAGGCAAUCGCCAAUUUCUUUUUGUUGGCGUUUUGACUGCUGAGCAGUUAGUGGAAACUCGAGCAAAAGCGGUGUACGAUACUUGGGGAAAGAACGUCCCCGGAAAACUUACUUUCUUUUCAAGCGGUGAAGCAGGAAGAAGGCUUGGGUUACCUGUGGUCAGUUUACCUGAUGUAGAUGACACAUAUCCGCCACUAAAAAAAUCCUUAAUGAUGAUUAAAUACAUGCACGAUGUCCAUUUGGAUGAGUACCAAUGGUUCAUGCGAGCGGAUGACGACGUUUACGUGCGAACUGACAAGUUAGUUGCCUUCUUGCAGUCAUUAAACAGCUCAGAUGAUAUUCAUCUGGGGCACGCUGGUACGGGUGCCAAGGACGAAAUAGGUAUGUUGAGCCUGAAUCCGGGGGAUAACUACUGCAUGGGCGGGCCAGGGGUUAUUAUGAGCCGAAGUGUUAUAAAAAAGGUUGCGCUACAUUUGGAACAUUGCCUUCAAACAGCACCAACAUUACAUGAAGACAUCGAGCUUGGCCGAUGUAUACAAAGAUACACUGGGGUCUCAUGCACUUGGGCAUACGAGGUAAGAAAAGCCGCUGAGUUUACAAUACUUUGUGUUUACCACGACUCUAACCAAAACCUCAAGAAGAGGUAGUUGAUUUGCGUGACUUGUCUCUACGAAUGCAAUAAUAAAACUUUCAUGUAUGGAUGGUGCAGAUUACAAAAAUGUACCGAGUUUUUUCUUAUAAUACACGAAUAAUCGCCUUAACUAGGGCGCUUAUUGAAGGGCGGCCUUUAAUCGAGGAAAUACGUUAUUCAGCGGGGUUCAUCCUUAAUGCGCACACACCAAGAAUAAAGACGAGUAGUCUUGACAAAAACCCACAGAUUAUAACUAGUGACCAUAAAGGUUACAUAGCCAGUUUGAACCUAAACCUCUGCUCAGUAUAAAAUCAGUGACUAACGAAUUGUGUUCCUUUGUUUUAGAUGCGCGACCUCUUCUUUCACCAUUACACUGAGAAGGAGAAGGUUUUUUUCGGUGACUUAGACACCAAGCCCAUUAACGAUGCCAUCACGCUCCAUCCCAUUAAACAACCAGCCUACAUGCGCCGUCUGCACGUGCACUUCAUGAGCCAGCGAAUUCAGCAUCUCCAAUAUGAAACUGUUAAGCUGCAAAGAGUUCUGAGACGAACUGAUAGUCUGAUUCAAGAAGAAGAAAACUGGCUUCUUACACGAGAAAAAUAUUCUCAUCGGGAUGAAGAAGACUUUCAUCACCAGCUGGCGAGAAAUAACACUGAACAAUGGAGCAUAUUCACUUCGAAUUCAUUCUUCUCUGAUACGAUGUUAAUGUCCCCUGGAACUGGUAUUCGUGGUGCACUAAAGAUUGAGUUAAAAAAAUUAUUGGAAAUAGAAAAAGAAACGUUGAAGGAAGAAGCAAGGACUCGAUUUCCUGAAAAUAUAAAUAUCCUGAAAAUAAACUAUGGUUACAGGCGUGCUCACCCCAUAUACGGUGUUCAAUACGUCAUGCAUUCAACUGUAAGAUCAGAAAAGAAAAUCCUUUAUACAGAAACAGGAAAAACUAAACAAAUUUCUAGCCUACAAAGUAGAAGGUUCUUCUUCCAACUCCCAUUUGGAAGACUCGUUUACGACGCCAAAUCCCUCGAUAACACUUUACCCUUUGUGCACUUCCUUGUCCCCUUGGAAGGGCGGUUAGAAACGUUUCGUCGCUUCAUGAAGAAUUUUGAAGAGGUUUGUCUCGAGCAAAUUCUGAGGGUAAAGCUUGUAAUCGCGUAUUCGUCAUCAUUUUUUUCUCCUCGCGAGCACAAAGCCGUCUUCAAGGAAUACCAGUACAAGUACCCUCUGGCAGACCUUAUUUGGAUUGACGUUGCGGGCAACUUUUCCCGCGGGGUAGCCCUAUCUUUGGCGGCAGCUAAAUUAAACAAGACAGAUUUGUUGUUCCUGUGUGACGUUGAUUUAGUAUUCAGCAAGGAGUUUUUGGACCGCUGUCGCAUUAACACGGUGCUUGGGCAACAAGUCUAUUUCCCCAUAAUGUUCAGUCAGUUUGAUCCUGAUUUAUCAGAUAUCCACAACAACAGACCUGAAUCGUACUACACAAUUAAUGCAGACGCAGGAAUUUGGAGGACCUACUCAUACGGACCCGUUUGUUUGUACGGUCGAGAUCUUCAAGCAGUUGGAGGGUUUAACACAAGCAUCCAAGGCUGGGGAUGGGAAGACGUGGACUUAAAUGAGAAAUUUGUCAAACAUAAAGACAUUGAUGUGUUUCGCGCCCCCGAUCCUGGUCUUAUACAUGUUUAUCAUCCCGUGAAAUGCGAUCCAAAGCUACCCUCUACACAGCUAGCACAAUGUCGAGGCUCAAAGGCAUCGGGAUUGGCCAAUCAGAAGUCGUUACUCAGAUAUAUACUUGCUAUGCAAAAUAAAGGACUUAAGUAA